AUGGAUGCUAUAUUUCAAACGGACAAUAUCCAUGAGCCCACUACAUUUGAACAUUUUCCACCUGAAAUUCUUCAUCUUAUUUUUGAUUACUUAACUGGUGAUGAUAUUCUUAAAUCAUUUUUAUAUCUCAAUAUACGUUUCAAUACUUUGAUUAAAAACCUUCGUCUAAAUACAAUUGAAAUUUCAACAUGGACACGUCGAGACAUAAUAAAUUUUUUUAAAUGUUGUCUAAAUUAUAUAUCAACAUAUAGUGUUUCAUUAAAAUUAACAAAUAAAAUUUUACAAUAUGAUUCAUGUUCAGCAAAUAUUGAAUUUAUAUUUUCAUCAUUAUUGGAUUAUAAUCAAUUAAAAUAUCUUAUAAUGAAUUUACAACAAUUAAUAUUUAUUCGUCCAAUUAUUGAUACAACAAUUUGUUUACCUGAUAUUAUUCUAGAAUCAUUUAUUAUUUAUUCAUUUAAUGAUAAAAUUAUUUUUAAGAAAAAUAUAUCUCAACAUAAAAUUGAUUGUAUUAUGAUAUGUAGUAAUGAAAUUUUAAGAUCAUUAUUAGUUGAUAAUGGUGGAAUUUAUAAUCAAAUAUUAAUCAAUUUUCAAAAUCCGAUCAUUCAUACAAUUAUACCAUUUGUACGACAUUUGAAAUUAUAUAUAGAUGCUUAUAAUCAACAAUGGAUUCAUAUGUCACCAUUGAUUAUUAAUAGUAUAUCUGAAUUAACUCUUUUUAUAAUUGAUAAUCAAUUUGAAUAUUAUAACGGACAAUUAUUUAGUUCAUUGUUACAAAAUAUAUCAAAUAAUUGUCAUCUUCAUUUUUAUUUACAAUUUAUUCCGAAUGUAAUUAUAACAAGAAGAGAUAUUGAUGUACUUGCUCAAAGUUUUCAAAAUGAUUUUUAUAUACAACAUCAAUCAAAUGUAACAAUUGCUUAUUGUCGAAAUUUUCAAAUAGCCGAUGAUUGUCCAUUACUUAUUUAUACAUCACCAUUUUGUGCAUCAAAAAUUACGUUAAUUAAUAAUCAACAAAUAAUAGGUGUUUGUUCUGAUUAUACAAAUUUAACUCGAUUAAUCUUUGAUCCAUGUUAUCCAAAUUAUCCUAGCCUUAUUCCUUCAAAUAAUCCAAUAAAUUUUUUAUCUAAUUUAACAUCGUUAGAAUUAAUUCAUACACCUCGAUAUCAUUCUAAUCGAAUGAUGAUUCCAUUAAAUAUUAUUCUUCAACAAAUUAUUUCAAAUAUACGUCAUAUGCAUUUGCUUAGUGUUCAAUGUUCAUCUUAUUUCAUCAAAUCUAUUUCACCAUUAUUUUCAUUUCAACAUCUACGUUAUCUUGAUAUAACUGACAAUGACUCAAAUUGUUCUAUUUUAUGUGAUAUUCUUGAUCAAAGUAAAUUUUGUGCAAAUAUUUUUCAUUUAAAUAUAUCCGGUUUAUGCCGUCUAAAAGAUACACAUAUUAAAGAAAUUAGUAAAAAAUUUUCUAAACUUCAAACAUUAAAAUUUCCUAUGAAAUUCAUAUCAUCAUUUAAUGAACAACUUGAUACAAUAGGUCAAUUUAUUUUAAUUCAAAUGCGUUUACAUUUACAUUAUGUUCACAUUUAUUUUCAACAUGAAAACUUAUUAAUUAUGUCAAUGACACCAAGUGAAAAUCAAUUAAGUGAAUGGUUAGGUUAUAAUCAAAAACGAUUAUUACAUGUACAAGCUAUUGAACUUAAUAGAAAUGAAUUAUCUGCAUGGAUGUGA